UGAUGGUCAAGAAUUUGACAACUUAUAUUGAAGAGGUUUUUAAUAAUCUUUAUGUAUGCGACCACCUUAAUUCGGAUGUCGGUUUUGGCAAAGAAGUAUGGCUCCUUUUUGCUGGUGAUAAGGGUGGGAAGUAUAUGAAAUUCCAUUUUGAAGUUGUCAAUUCUAAAUCAUCAUAGUCUGUAUACGAUGUUCACUUGUUUUGUAUGUAUCAGGGUUCAGACUGUCGUGAGAAUAUAGCCUUAGUUCUCAGGCAUUUUGCCAAUGACAUUAAAAGAAUUCAGUUGUCAGAUUUUAAGCUAAAAAGCAAAAUAGUCAGGUUGUUCUUAGGUGGAGAUUUUCAUUUUAUCGAUGAUGUUCUAGGACACCAGGGUUCAGCUGCUAGCUUUCCUAGUUCUACAGACCUAGUUAAGUUGAAUUCUCUAAGAAACCAUGCUUCUAUGCCUCACACACCUGCUAAUUGUAACAUCUUAAGGAAGACAAUACAAUUUCUGGAAAGUGUUUACAAUGAGAACUUGUGUGAAAAUAGACAAGGUGGAAACCUAAGAACUUUAGGUAGGUGCCCAUUCUGUUCCUAUCUUCAGAAGUUAUUUAUACCUAUGCAAUACCUUCGCUCAGGUUAAAGAAUGGAAUACUAGUCUUGCAUCAAAUGUAUGUAAAAAUCUAGCUUUUAUAUAUUAACUUGUGAUCAGAGCAACUGGUAUGUUGGUUGAGUAUGAUCUUGUAUGUUUGUGUAUUUAAUUUAAAA